GAGCAGAGCAGAACACACAGACUACGAAAUAUAAUCACUAACCAGUAAAUGAACAUAAUCUGGUUUCUGUCAUCUGUCGUAAACUUUCAUGUAAAAAAGGCAUUCUCCUAAGAAAUAAAGAAUUUUAAAACUUUUACGAGAGUAAGAUCCAAGGUGUUACUAUAAAGAAAGAAGCUAUAGAAUCUAUGCGUAAGUUGCAAACGCACGCUAACUGGAGUGUCUCGGGCGCUGGACGGCCGAUGCGAGCAUGUCCAAGUGGGUCGGGUACGCCGUUUCCGUGAGCUGCGGGGAGCCGCUCGGCUGCUACCAGGGUACGAUCCUGGAAGCCGACGGGAACACCAUCACGCUCAACAAGGCUUUUAGAAAUGGAUUUCCGUAUCCGAAGUCCCAGGUUACUCUCAAUGCGGCUGACAUUAAAGAUUUGAAAAUCAUUGAGGUGAAUCAGCCCUCUGCUGUGGAGCAGAGCCACAGCACGGUGGCCGUCAGCAAAAACAACAAGAAGGGCCAGCGAGCAACUGUGUGUGAGAACUUGCAAGCCAACCCUUCGCAGACAAGCGAGCGGCAGAACUCGACCGACGCGAGCGGCAAGCCCGCCGCCGCCCGCGCCGCGCCGGCGCCCUCGCGCGGCAAGCCCGGCGACGGCCCGGGCGGCCGCGGCAAGAGCGGCGCGGGCAAGUGCUGCGCCGCCGAGUGCGGCCCGGCGGCCAAGGGGCGCCCGCACGAGCGCGCGCGGCGCCGCGACGAGGCGUGCUUCGGCGACGCGGCCGAGCCCGCCUUCCGCGACGACUUCGACUUCGAGGGCAACCUGGCGCUGUUCGACAAGCGCGCGCUGUGGGCCGAGAUGCGCGGCGCGCGCCCCGACCUGCUGCCGCCCAGCUUCCGCCACGACGAGAACGUGCUGGGCGCCGCGCCGCCGCCCGCGCGCAUCGCGCUGCCCGCGGCGCUGCGCGGGCCCGUGGAGUACGCGGCCGACGACGGGCGCGCCGUGCCCGCCGCCGCGCCGCGCCUGCGCCGCGCGCUGUGGGCCGGCCUGCGCGCGCGCGGCCUGCUGGAGCAGGCGCGCACGCUGCUGGCGCGCGCCGCCGCCGACGUGGCGCUGCGCCUGGCGGGCGGCGGCCGGCGCCUCGAGCCGCGCAACGCGCACCAGGCGCCCGUGGCCGUGGUGCUGGCGGCGGCGCACGGCGCGGGCGCGUGCGGCGUGCGCGCGGCGCGCCUGCUGGCGGCGCACGGCGUGCGCGCGCACGUGCUGCUGAGCGCGGGCGCGGCGGGCGCGGGCGCGGAGGUGCGCGCGGAGCUGCGCCAGCUGGCGGCGGCGGGCGGCGUGCUGGCGGCGGGCGCGGGCGCGCUGCCGGCGCCGGACGUGGUGCUGCUGGCGCUGCACGACCCCGAGCUGGGCGACGCGCAGGCCGCGCACGGCGCCGCGCUGCGCUGGGCGGCGGGCGCGCGCGCGGCCGUGCUGGCGCUGGAGCCGCCGCCGCAGGGCUGGCCGGGCGUGGCGGCGCGCGCGUCGCUGCAGGCGGGGCUGCCGGGCGCGCUGCCGGCGGCGCUGGGCCGCGUGCUGCUCGCCAACGUGGCGCCGCCCGCCGCGCUGUUCCGCGAGCUGGGCGUGAGCUACCAGCCGCCCUUCGGCGCCAGCAGCGUGCUCGCGCUCAACUAGCCGCGGGGACGACGACUCGCACUAUACGAUAAGACUAGCACUUGCGCAGCUUGCUUCCGAUAUUUCCCGCGUUCAACUGAACACGAGGUCAUUAAGAAAGAGGGUAUAGUGCAACACAAACUUUAUGAUUGUAUAAUUCUUAUUUAAGUAUUUUUAACUACACUUGACGGAAAUAUUAAUUUUACCAUUUUAAGAAAAUGCCAAUAUAAUUUACAGAACUCAGUCAGAACUAUCAGGAUUUGAAACCGUGACUCUUGGGUAAUAGCGGCCUGAGCGCUUUACCACUAAGCUACGGCUCCGGCGGUAUGAAAGCCGUAGCUUUGUGGUAAAGCGCGCAUGCUGUAAUUGCCAGAAUCGCAGGUUUAAAUCCCGUCGACUCCGAAACUUAUAACUGUAUUUAAAAAAUUUAUAAAACUUUUUGUCUUCUCGAACCGAACUACUUGAGUUUUGUUGCGCAUAAUUCAAAUCGGGCACAGCCAAUGAGCGCUACCGUCGCGAAGCUACACUCGCAACUAACAUCCGCGAUGACAUAAAGUUUGAAUCGAAAUUGUAUGUACAGAAAUUAUUAUGAUUUCGAAUAACUUAUAUUUCACUUUCGCAUUAGAAUAACAAAAAAAAAAUUGUCAACUGACUAAUUGUAAUCAUAUUGACACGUUGGCAUGUGAGAUCAUCUAGGUCAGGUCUUUUUUGUUAAUCCUUUUAAUACCGUUGUAAUAUUUUUGUUACCAUUUCAAUUGUAAACUCUGCUGAUGUUAGAGUUGUCGUUGUCUGCCGGCUGCACAUCUCUCGUUAGUGUUAGACGCGAACUAGGAUCUUCAAGUGAAUUUUACUGUUGACUUUGUGAUGACGAUCACAGAAACCAUUCAAGAUUUCGAAAUAUUAGUUUGACGUUUCGAUGAAAACAUGCAUUUCGAUUUAUACUUGCAUAUUAAUAAAUCAAUGUAAUGAUAUACAAGUACUUACAUAUACGCUUAUGGAGUGAUGAAUAAAUUACAUAAUUAUUUUUACAUA